GGCGGAAGUCCCACCCCCCGUGCGUAGAGGGGCUGCUGCGGGUGCCGAGGAGCUGCUGGAGGACGACAGGCCCGACUCGCCCGCCCGCCGCCUCGCCCGACCAUGAAGUGGAUGUUCAAGGAGGACCACGCGCUGGAGCAUCGGUGCGUAGAGUCUGCCAAGAUCCGGGCCAAGUACCCCGACCGCGUCCCGGUGAUCGUGGAAAAGGUCUCUGGAUCUCAGAUUGUGGACAUCGACAAGAGGAAGUACCUGGUUCCCUCGGACAUAACCGUGGCUCAGUUCAUGUGGAUCAUCAGGAAGCGGAUCCAGUUGCCCUCCGAGAAGGCCAUAUUUCUCUUUGUAGACAAGACUGUCCCCCAAUCUAGUUUAACCAUGGGACAGCUUUAUGAGAAGGAGAAGGAUGAGGAUGGCUUCUUGUACGUGGCUUACAGUGGAGAAAACACCUUUGGUUUCUGAUUUCAUCUCCAUCCUGUUGCUUUGUAAAUAGCCUCCUGUUCUUCAUCAUGACCCUGAGGGGCAUUUUUCAUUUGUCACUGGGUUGAUUUAAUAUAUUGAUAGAUUUUUGUUUGUCAUUUUAGUAAUUUAUAAAAUUUUAUUUUUCUGUUACACGUGUAACCAUAGCUAUAAAUUUCCUUGCAUCCUUUCUGCUGGGACAUAUUUAAUGGCAUUAUUCAAAUACGGAUGCAACCGUAGAUAAUUAAUGAUGGGAGAGAAAUUUUGAAACUAAAUGUUAGCAUAAUAAUUAGUUUCAUAGAAAUGGCAGUUUCUGUAAUACCCUAAGGAUGCUGAUAUGUUUAUCUUGGCUAGCGAGUUGCUUUUAUUGAAUUUUGCUUAAGAAGCAACAAUUAAAGUUACUGUCACAAAAAUGUAGCAUCAAGUCAGUAUCAUUCCUUAGCAACCCCAGAUAAAUUUUGUCCAAUAUGCCUUCGGCAUAGAAAUAUGAUAAAUUAAAUUAAAUUCUGUCCCGUUUUCAAUUUUUUUACUUCCAUGGUGUAAAAAGAAACCUUUGCCAGCACAAUUCUAAUAUUUUUAAGUAUAGACACAUCACAGCAUCUACCUAUCUUUUCCAAGGUCUUCAUUUUACCCUAUCAAGUACUAGUCUGCUAUAUUUCUUAACUGCUGAUUCCUUUAUAGUUGAUAGUCAAAGCUGAAACUAUUCAGUGUGUUCAUUGUCAAUUGUGCAUUCUAAAGCUGCUCGCUAUCCGUUGCCAUUAAGUUGGUAUUUGUAGUUAAAACUGUACUCUCAUCUUUUCAGUAUAUAUUCUAUCUCAAGUUACACACGUAUAGGUUUUACCCUGUCUUAACUCAGAAGCAGGGCUAACUGGCUCUAUAUGCACACAACCACAGUUCCAAAUUCUAAUUAAAUUUAGUGUAGUCCAAGCCCAAAGGAACAGGUGGGAGCAUCAAGUCAGAGUUCACAUUCCAAAAGAAUCCAAAUGCAGAUCAUCAACUGUUCCAUAUUCAAGUUUUCUCAGAGAAAGGCUGGCAAUGAUGCUUUUUAAAUGAAGCAGGCAGUCAAGAACAGGACUGCCCUUGCUGCACAAUGGAUCGUACAGAUCUUUUUUGGACCCACAGCUCUCCCGGACUGGGAGGAAGUUAGGAAUCGGGGUUUUCAUCUGCCGCCUACAGUUGUCUCUGUCUCUGUCCUUGUCCCUAACCUAACCCAAACUGAAACUAGUCUGUUUUGCAAUCUGGAUUUCAUAUCCUAUCCUGUGCAUAAGUUUCACAUGAAGACAAAUGAUAUUGUUCCAGAAUUCCCAGUUUCCUAAGGACAUUCCGUUGCUUGACUUAGUUGACACAAUUGCGCACCUAUCCAGUCAUUGAAACAUACUUUUUUUGGUUAUUUUCGGAUUUUCUCAAUUAUACUGUGUGCAUCAGCAAUAAUGCCUUUGUUCCCUGGUUUUUUUCCUACGGCCAGCAUGACAUCUGGACUUUCUCUUUUCAUGCAGGACUCUAAGCUCAUGAUUCUAAGCGUUAAGGAACUAUAUAAUAGUUUGCAUGCUUACUUAAGUCUUCUUUAAUACUGAUAUGUCAACCAGCCUCUAACAAUCUGUGGGCCACUGUGCUGAUCUCCAAAUUUGCUGAUAUGGUUUGGUUUUACUGGCUUUACUGAUUCUUCUUCUGUUGCUUGCUAUAUUUCCAAAUAUAUUCCAUCAAUUCUUGUA